AUGAAUCACCAAAAUAAUAACCAUCCAAUACUUGAAUUACCAUCCUCCUCCUCCUCCUCCUCCUCUCUGAAGAGUACGAGUGCAGCAUGGUCCACACCACCAACCCGAUCAUCCUCCACUUCCAGAAACUCCUUCACUCAGAUCAAAAAUAGACAUUCAAAUUUUGUGGUAUUGGUGGUGUGCUAUGAGGCUUCUCCUCAUCCAUCAUCAUCUCACUCUCACUCUACUACUACUACUACUAGUAGUAACAGGACACGAACAGCAGCCACACUUAAAAGUAUUAUUGAUGAUGAGGAAGAUGAUGGCAACACCACCAACACCAACAUGGAUCAUCCUCAUGGACCCAUCAUUCGUCGUAAAUGGAGAGAAUUCCCACUUCCUCUCGAUGAAUUCAAAGUCAGACAAUGGAGUGGUCUACCCAAUGACUUGUCUCUCUUCUACUAUCAUGUUCCAACUUUCAAAGAAUGUGUUCAUAAUGGUAUUAAUUUCAUGUCCUAUCCCAAUCAUGUGAUUAUAGAUACUAUUGAAUUAGAAAGACAUGAAUUGAAAAAGACAGAAUGUUAUUUUGUUUGUACAAGAGACAAGUAUUUAAUCAAACCUGAACAUGAUCCAGUCUAUAUUCGAAUGCGUACUCAAAAACAGAAUGAAAGUAGUAUGAUUCGUAGAUUUUGUAUCAUUACAGAGAGCAAUGAGCAAGAGGCUCAAUUUUAUUUGGAAGCCUCAAAUUAUGAACUUGGUGAAGCCUUGAAGAGUUAUUUUAUGGCUCAACCAAUGAAUCAUCGAGUCGAGUCGAACUCAUCGCGUAAAGUGAGUCUCGAAACAACCUUUCUUUCAAGUGCCAAAUUAGGUCAAGUUGAAAAGUUACAAGCACUCUUGACCAUUCCCUAUGCAUUUAGUAUAGAUACAGUCAAUAACAUGGGUAUGAAUGUUUUGCAUUUGGCAGCACUACACUCUCAAUUGGCAUGUUUGAAUCUUUUAUUGAAUUAUUUCAAUUCAGCAAUGGAUGAUGAUGAGGAGGAGGGUCCUGUGGGUUCUAAAUAUAGUAAUGGUACCACUCCUGGAGGAGUAUCGACUACCAUUCAUAGAAGUAGUACGACUCCUUGUACAGGUGGUGAAUCACCACAUCAUCACCGAAAGAUAUCAAACUCUUUAUUGAAUCAAAAUGAUCACUUGGGUAAUACUCCACUCUUCUAUGCAGCAAUGGGAGAUAGUGUGGAUUGUUUUGAUUUACUCAUUCAACAAGAUGAUAUUUCUCUUUUUGAAAAGAAUAACAAUUCAGAAACAAUUCUUCAUGCCAUUGCUAUGGGAAGGGGUAAUAAGGCAAUAUUUGAAUCUUACUUUAUUGCAUGUGCUUUGAAAUUGGAUGAAGAUGAAGAACGUUACAAAUCAUGGUGUAACACUAAAAACAAUGAUCAAGAGACUGCAUUUCUUAUGGCAUGUAGAAAGAAUAGACAUUCCAUUGUUUCUACAAUUUUAGAUCCUAAUCAAUGUUAUGUCUCAAUUAUGGACAUUCAUUUGAAGAAUCGAUUUUCUCAGAAUGCACUCAUUGUAGCAGCAAAAGAGAAUGCUUAUCAAACAUGUGAACUCUUAUUGAAAUCCAAUUUAUUUAAUGUCAAUGAAAAGGAUGAAAAGAAUUUAACACCACUCUUCUAUGCAUGUCUAUUUUCACAUCAUGAAUGUAUUUCUCUAUUAUUGAAUUAUGGAGCUGAUUAUACAUUGGAUUAUCAAGUGAAUUAUUUAAUUAGAGGAGUAUUACAAGGUGAUCAAAAAACCAUACAAUACUUGUUGAGAGCAGGAAUGUCACCUGAUUAUCGAGGAGUAACCAUGUAUGAUGAAACGAGUGUGUAUCAUUUAAAUAGUUCCACGGAUACUACUACCAUUUAUGGUAGUCCUAAUAAUAGUUCUAGUGGUUCUGAAACCAAAGUUCACUCAAGUCCACUCUUAAAUAUGACACCUCUUCAAUUAUGUAUCUAUGGUAGUAGUAGUAGUGGUGAUAUUGGUGGUGGUAUUGAUGGUGAUAGCACUGAUCCAUCCUUUGAAGACGAUGAAGACCAUGAUGACAUGAGUAGUACUAAUAAUAAUAAUACUCGUCAUCAUCGUGUACGAGUACAUGAAUCUUCUUCUCCUGUGAUGGAAUUAAUCAUGCGUAAUAUUAGUAGUCAUCAUGACAAGUCAUUAUCCAAUUCUGCUCAUCUCAUUAUGAGUCAAAUCUUUCAACUACUCAUUGAUUCUGGAGCAAAUGUCAAUCUCAAUAUUCAACAUUUACAAAUUAGAGGUGGACUUCAAGCACAUUGUUUAUCAUUUCCAUUACUUGAUUGUGUCUAUGCUCUAAAUAUGGAAUUAUUUAUGAAAUUACUUUCUCAUCCGAAUAUCAAUGCCAAUCAAUCAUGUAUCUAUACGGGUAGAACAUGUGCUCAUUUCAUUAUUGAACAAUACUAUCUCACUGAUUCACAGAAUUUAAAAUUAGUUGCCAUGUUUAGAGAAUUGUUAAAAGUACCAUCUUUCAAUGUCAAUGCACAAGAUGUAUUUGGAAGAACACCACUCUAUCUUUCAAAUCUAUGUGGUACUCAUCAUUUAUCUAAAUUAUUAAUGAAUCAUCCUAAUUGUGAUGCAACAUUGUGUGAUGUGAGUGGAGUGAGUGCUCAACACGUGUGUGAUUUGAUAGGAUCUAUCUAUUGUAAUGAAAUGAAAGCAAAGAAACACAAAACGAUGUGUUUUAAAUUAGAUUCAAGAAGUCAUUCAAUGGUAUUAUUACCAAAAAUACAAAUUGGAUACUAUCUUCAACAUGAAGUAUUGAGAUUUACAUUUAAAAAUGUCAUUCCAAUGAUUACUAUGAGUACAAGGAACAAGAGUCAUAAUUCAACAUCCAUGACUACUACUAUGGACAAUAAGAAUGGUACUACUACUAUUAUGAACCAACCCUAUCCACACCAUCACCACAUGGACCACCAUCACAUGAGUGAAUUCUCUAAAAAUAAUCUCAUCAAAUUCUAUCAAAGAUUUUAUCAUUUGAAAAAAUAUUUACCAUCGGCUUACAUGUUGAAUUGUAACAAGUUCAAAAAUAAUCCACAUCGACAUGACAUGUUUUGUAAAAUGAUUGAUUUUGAAUUAGAAUCAUCCAAUAAGAUUCGACUCAUAGUAUCCUCCAAUGUUGAAUAUAUUGAAACGAAUUCUCUUAAAUUUUUUAUGGAUAGGCGUUUGACACGUGGCAUUCAAAUGAAAUUUGGAACAGCAUUGAAAUUAAUCUCUUCCAUUUACAUUCUCCACUCAUGUGGUAUUGUUCAUGGUAAUAUAAGACCAAUCACAAGUAGAUUUAAAGAGCCUACUAAAACAUGCCUUGUAUUAGAUUAUGCAUUUCCAUUAUUGAAUAGAUUUAAGAAUGAUCAUGAGAAUCAACAACCUCAACAACUUCACUCAAAGAAUAAUAACUCAAAGAAUCAACAACCUCAACAACCUCACUCAAAGAAUGAUGAUGACAACCACGAUGAUGAUGAUUACUACACAUCACCUGAAGUUAAACAGUAUGGUUAUGAUGCUCUGUGUGAAGAGAGUGAUAUCUAUUCAUUGGGUGCCAUCUUUUAUGAAUUAUUCUUUGAUCAUAAAUAUGGUGAGAAAGACAUGAGUUCAAGUGUGAAUCCUUUAUUUAAAGAUUUAGAGUCAAUCCUUGCAGCAUGUUGUUCAGAGUGUAUUAGAGAUCGACCCACCAUGAAGAAUUUGUAUCAAGUCGUAAAGAGAUGUACUAAUGAGGUCAUUCAAUCACAAGUAUUGGAUGAUUUAAUGACACAACAAUUGAGUACAGAAGUGAAAUUGGUGGAGAGAUUGAUUCAAACAUAUGCUCAUCCUACUCUCGUUCCAGCAUUGACAAGAACAACAUUGGAUUUUUCUAUGAGUGGUAAUAGUUCUGGUGGUCAUCAUAAUAGCACUAAUAAUAGUACGAGCUAUUGUAGUAGUAGUAGUAGUAAUAAUAACACUGAUCAAUAUCAUGUAUGGAAAGCUACCAAUAAUUUGAAAGGAUGUAUCAAAAAGUUGAAAGAAGAAUAUUCAAAGAUUGUCUCUAACACCACCGUCAACAAUGCUCUUCCACCUCUCUCAGAAGUAUCCAACGUAUUGGAUGAAAUUGAAGAAUAUUACACUAGUACUACUAGUACUACAACUACUACUGGUACUACUACUACGACUAGUACUGCUGGUACUACUACAACUGGAACUAAUAGUUUUGACUGCUUUGAGAAACUUCACUCUCCAUCAUUCCUUACAACCAUUUAUGAUAUAUUAUAUUUACUUGUACAAACAUUACCUGACAAGUUCAAAAUUGCACCAUUUGAUGUCUUGAGAUUAAUCUUAUUGGAUGAGAAUGCAGUUCAACAUUUAUUCAAGACAGUGAGUGGAAUGAAAUUAUUGGAUGAAUUGAUGAAUCGAAUGAAUCAAUUUGUGAAAUUGUGUACAAGUAGUCAUGGAUCCUCCUCAUCUUCCUCAUCCUCCUCAACAACAACACCACCACCCGUCGAUACAUUUUCUAUUACUGUCAUUAAUUCUUGUCUCUCACAUAUCAUGAAAACCAAUCAUGGUUGUAAUUAUUUUGUCAAUUUCAAACCACAACAUUAUUGCACAUUGGUGAACUUUUUAAUUCAAUGUUUUACAUUUAUCAAUUCAGAAGAAAAGUGUUUCUACAGUGCAUCCAGUGUAGUCUUUAAUAUGAGAUUUGAUAUUUAUAGAAUUGGAGAUCAAUAUGGACCAAUUCUCUCUCAAAAAUUGAAAGAUUUGUGUUUGAAAUUUCAACAUCCAUUCUUUGAUCGAGAUGUUCAAGCUGAGAAGUGUUCAAAACAAUUAUUAGAUGCCAUUGUGAUGUGUUUGGAUCGAAUUUAUUUGAAACAUCGCCAACAACAAUCAUCCUCAUCACCACCACUCUCAAUCAUUACCAGUGAUACGAUCAAAUAUUUAGCCAAAGCACUCUAUACAAUCAUGAAGAUGGAUAAUCAUGCGAGAGAAUACAUGACAUUUAAAUUGUCCUCAUCCUCCUCCUCAUCCUCCUCAUGGUCAUGCUCACUAUUGCAACCUGUGAUUGAAUCUGGAUUGUAUGUGGCCAUUUCGAACAUGAUUGAUCCAGAACCAUUUUUACAUGAUGAAGAAUUUUAUGUUGAAAAUCUCAAGUACAAAUUUCUAAAGCCAAAGAAAUAA